AUGCGGCGACUCCACCUAUCGCCUUCAGGCGCGGCCAUAGCUUCAUUGCUAGCUCUCGCGCCCAUACCCGCGACCGCCUUCUACUUCCCAGGUGUCGCGCCUACAUCAUACAAGACCGGCGACUUGGUACCCCUAUACGUCAAUCAUCUCACCCCCGCCGAUUCCCAGGUCGAUCCCAAACUGCGAUCCGUAUAUUCUUACGACUACUACUAUCCGCCCUUUCACUUCUGCAGACCGAAAGAUGGCCCCAAAGACCAACGAGAGAGCCUGGGCAGCAUAUUGUUCGGCGACCGUAUACAGACGAGUCCCUUCGAAUUAAAGAUGGGCAUAAACGAGACGUGUAAACCGCUUUGUGAGGCAGAGUACCCAUCCAAAGAUGCCAUCUUUGUCAACAGCAGAAUAGAGCAGGGCUACGAUCUCAACUGGCUGAUAGACGGACUACCCGCCGCCCAACUUCUGCGAGACCCCAGUUCGGACGAGGAGUUUUACAGCCCAGGUUUUGCGCUGGGAUGGACAGAAGCCGAGACGAAUGCGCCCAUGUUCAAUAACCACUACGACAUUGUGAUUGACUACCACGAGGCCAGUCCAAACAACUUUAGGGUGGUGGGUGUGCUGGUGGACCCAUUCUCAAUCGAAUCCUCGAAGAUACUCGGCGAUGGAAAAGCGACCUGUGGCGAGGGCCAGGAACCACCGCCAGUUAUCUUAAAAGAGGACCGAGACAACAAAGUCGCAUUUACCUACGGCGUGUACUGGAGACUGAGUCCGACGCCGUUUGCGACACGCUGGGACAAGUAUCUCCACGUCUACGACCCCAAGAUUCAUUGGUUCUCCCUCGUCAACUCGGCUGUCAUUGUUGUUUUCCUUGUGGGAAUGGUGAGCACAAUCCUGGUGCGGACACUGAAAAAGGACAUUGCGAGGUACAAUCGUUUGGAUCAAUUCGCGCUCGAAGACUUCGGCGAGGGCGGUGAGGCAGAAGAUGGACAAGAUGACUCUGGUUGGAAGCUGGUGCAUGGUGAUGUAUUCAGACCGCCAAAGAACCCUCUUCUGUUGUCCGUUCUCAUUGGCAACGGCGCUCAGCUUUUUGCUAUGACAGCUUUGACUAUUGUGUUUGCCCUCCUGGGUUUCCUCUCUCCCAGCAACCGCGGUGCCCUCGGUACUGUCAUCAUCAUCUUUUACACUCUAUUCGGCCUCCUCGGCGGCUAUGUUUCCGCACGCGUAUACAAGUUCUUUCACGGCGAGUCUUGGAAACUCUGCUUCUUCUACACACCAGUCGCUGUCCCCGGCAUCGUCUUCGCCACCUUCUUUCUACUCAACCUCUUCGUCUGGGGCCGCGGCGCCUCAGGAGCCGUACCCUUUAGCACCAUGCUCAUCAUCAUCAUCAUUUGGUUCGUCAUCUCAGUCCCACUCAGCUUGGCAGGCUCCUGGCUUGGCUUCAAGCAAGCCGCCAUUGAACCACCUGUGCGCACAAACCAGAUCCCCCGGCAGAUUCCUCCAGCGGGUGGAUACCUGCGACCCCUACCAUCCAUGGCACUCGCAGGCGUUCUCCCCUUUGGCGCCAUUUUCGUGGAACUCUACUUCAUCAUGAACUCGAUCUGGUUCAACAAGGUGUACUACAUGUUCGGCUUCCUCUUCAUCUGCUUUGGCCUCAUGAUUAUGACAUCUGCCGCCGUCACAGUGUUGAUGAUCUACUUCCUUCUUUGCGCCGAGGACUACCACUGGCAAUGGCGAAGCUUCUUCACGGCUGGAGCUAGCGCGGGAUAUGUCUUCUUGAGCUGCUUGUUAUACUGGGUCAAGGACGUCAGUUGGACAAGCUGGACCAGUGGCGUGGUGUAUUUGGGCUACUCUGCACUCCUCAGUGGACUGGUCUUUGUGCUAAUCGGUACGAUUGGCUUCUUUGCGAGCUGGCUCUUCGUUCUCAGGAUUUACAAGUCUAUCAAGGUGGACUGA